UAAUCCUGCACUGUUCAAAGAUGGAUGCUGGCUUGACGGCGGUGCUUCGUGGGUCAUUGGAAAGGAACUCGCGACGCAAGAGAUGGCUCUCCAUGAUGCAGAAGAUUCCUCGGGAAGAAGGACUUGACCAUGCCCAGGAAUAUGCUUUGGGAUUGCAAAAGAGCUUUGGCUUGAUCUCGUUCAUACGUGAGAAUCGCAUCGACGAUGUGGACGAACAAGAAGCGCUCAGUGAAGCCUUGGGCGAUGUGCUGCCUAUCGACAUGCAUCGAAAGAUGUUCAUUCCAGCCUUGCAGCUGUCAAUGACUGCAGACCAGCUGCAAACGUGGAUGCCAUUGGCGUUGUCGUACCGCAUUCUCGGCGCAUACGCCCAAACCGAGCUCGGACACGGAUCGAAUGUCCAAUGCCUGGAAACCACGGCCACGUACGACCCACGUACCCACACGUUUGUCCUGCACUCGCCAACGUUGACCAGUCGAAAGUGGUGGCCUGGCGCUUUGGGCAAAACGGCCAACUUUGCAGUCGUGUACGCGCGCUUGCUGCACAACUCAGUGGAUUAUGGAGUGCAUGCGUUUCUCGUCCAAUUGAGAGAUCUGGCCACCCAUGCGACACUACCAGGCAUUACGCUUGGCGAUAUUGGAUCGAAACUCGCAUUCAACAUGGUCGACAACGGCUUCUGCGUCUUUGACCACGUCCACGUGCCUGCAUCCCAGCUGUGUCUGGCCACGGCACGGGUACGCUGGCAGCGCAGCCAUGACGACAGCGGCGGACCCGUCAACCUCGUGGCGGCACCAGCAGCGUCUUCCAAGUGGAAGUACAUGCCCAUGAUCAAGACCCGAGUCUUCUUGAUCGCCAAGUGCGCUCGGUUUCUUGGCCGAGCCACCGCGUUUACUUCAAGGCUUUCCGCAGCAACCUCGCUGCUGCCCCAUGUUGGUCUGUCGUUUGCUGCUACGUUUGCCGGGCGUGACCUCCUAGAGCUGUACGAAACGGUUCAACUUCACCGAACCAAGCAAGACCGCCAGCCGUUGGAUCUAGGCGGUGGCCAGACGGACCAGUUGGCUGCUUUGCUGCACGCGACUUCCAGUGGCUUGAAGGCGCUUGUGGCCGCGCGGGUGGUCGAUGGCAUCGAGUGCUGUGCCCGGCAGUGCCCGCCCAACGAGGAGUUCUUGACGCGGCUGAGACGAGACAUCGUCGGAGCGUCCACAUACGAAGGCACGUUCGAUGUGUUGGUGCAGCAACAUGCAUCCUUCCUGGCCAAAACAAGACCCCAAGAAGGACAUGCACAGAUGAUCGUUCCACUGGACAAAGACUGGACGUCCAUGGCCACGCUGGUCCGUUGGUUUCACUUUCGAGCACACUCGAUGCUAAUGUCCUUCGACACGGCCAACGUGUCGAUGGUGCGUGCCACGAGGCUGUCUGUGGUUCAUUCAGAAGCCACGCUGUUGCAAGCGCUGCAUGCGUUUCUUACACAAAAGAGGCAUCAGUGUACUAUCACGGACGUGACUGCUACAUCGUUGACGGCGGUGGGGAAAGCACUGGCGUAUCGAUGGAUGGUCGACAGUCUGCACGAGUUUCGGGUGAAUGGGUGGCUGUCGUCAGCCGACGGCGACGAGAUCGUCGAGCUGCUGACAUCGCCCACGUCACAGCAAUGUCAAGAGUGGAUGGCAGUAACUGCGAGUUGGGACUUUACGCCCGACGAAGUACCGUCCACGAACCGUGGCUUACGUGGAAAACUCUAACAACUAGUAGUAAUAUUGUGCUUUCGAGU